GAGGGCCCGGCGCUCCAGCCCCGAGUCCACCAACAACGAACACUCAGACCGGACUGUUGCUCCGAAGUGAGUGGAGGUCGCUUCUUCAGGCACGCUCGGUUGUUGUACAAUAAAUACGCAUAAAAGGGAAAACAAGAAGCGAUAUUAACGAAUAUAACAAAUACGGAAACGUCAGCGUCCAGAGGAGAGAGGAGUUUAAACGAUCAACCUCGAUAUCGUUGACCCAUUAAAAGUGUACAGAGUAUAUAUAAAUAUACCUGAGAACGUAUUAUUAUUCUUGACACGCUCAAAGUUAUUGGCAGUGAUAUUACAUGUAACGUGAUCGGUAUUACUUUAUUGUUCGCCUGUAUUCCUCCGACCUAACGUUCGUGUUCCGAUCGAGCUCGUCGGGCGGUAUAGGAACCUUAGAACAAAUUUAACUCGUUGGAAAAUACACGUCGGUUGUUGUUGAGAUUUUAUUUGUCUUCGCCACUUUGAAACUGUAUAACAACGUGUACACGUGUGCGGAAUUUAAAAAAUAGCGGAAUAUACGUACGUGUGAUGAUAGUUCGGUUGAUCUGGUAAACUCGAUAUCAUCGAACAUUGAAAACAUUAACAAGUAAGAGUUGUUCAUCGAUAGAAGAAAUUUUCAGUGCCGCCAGUCACGAUGCGUUGUUGUGAACAAUUUGUAACACUAGUAACGACGAAUCAACACAUAAUCAAAUGUUUGAAUUAAACGUGAUAAACUAAUUGUUUUAUAAACUUGAAGUGAAGUGUGGAACGUGCGUCAGGCAAGAUUUAUCGGAGCGAGAGAAGGGGAGAUAGAAAACUAGAGUAAAUGUUUUCACUUAAAACUUCGGAUUCGAAUAUAGUGCGACGAAGUAUUAUUGUGACGAUAUAUCAUCGCAGUGACACUACUACUAUGGUUUUAUUCUAGAUUACGAUAAUAUAUAUUACAGAAAAACACACAAGGACACGAAUCCAAGUGAACCUCUGGUCAGAGCGAGAACAGCGUCGCAGUGUUUCGACUGGUAACUGACCUCAACGGUUCGUUCGAAAACAGUCGAACGUAGAGACGAUCGAAUUCGUCGGUGUCCUCCGUUUAUCCGUCACUCGGUUUACUUUGGAGUGAGUAUAGUACUCGGAGUAACUCGCCACCGGAUACCAAAACAAACGUUUCAUUCGGCGACGGCCCCGAAGUAAGUGAGAAGAAGAUCGUCGUUCCUCGAAGAGACUCGGUGGGUCCAACGCUCGUCGAUAUACCGAAAAUCGGAUUUGAUGUAUCGCGCAAUUCGACCGAAUUCGUUAUAGCGUCACGAGGGGCGGGGUGCGUUUCGCGGGGGCUGCGAACCGGCGUCGUGUCGAAAGAACCGAGGCGGCCGUGUCGCGAUUAGUGAAGAGACAGAGAGAAAACAGGCUCGCCACAUUCUAUUGACACCCGAUAGUCAGAUAAAAGGCGGCAAGCUGUACGGACACAGGGAGGACGACAUGUUGACGAUGGAGACGGACCUCAAGGGCGGCAGCCUCCACGGUCAGAUGCCUCCGCACCCCCAUCAGGGUGUAUCGCCGAUGGGUCACCACACGGGGGUGUCGCCCUACGGAGCCCUAGGCUCGAUCGUCCACAGUCCGGCGCUUUCUGGAAGUCCGCCGAGCGCGGGUGGCCUGGGCGGCCUGGGACUCCAGCACCAUCACCAGCCACCGCCGCACCAUUACGCCUCCAUGCAAUCCCAGCAACAACAACAACAACAGCAGCAGCAACAACAGCAGCAACAACAACAGCAGAGUAUGCACGCUCUGGCGAGCCAACAAUCCGCGCAGCAACAGCAACAGCAGCAACAAGCGGCCCAACAGCACCACGGCCAUCCCCAACAACCGCAGCAGCAUCAGCCCCCGAACAACAACAACAAUACCAGCAAGAACAACAACAUCGACCGCGUCAAGAGACCGAUGAACGCGUUCAUGGUCUGGUCGAGGGGUCAGAGGAGAAAAAUGGCCCAAGAGAAUCCGAAGAUGCACAACUCCGAGAUAUCGAAGAGGCUGGGCGCCGAGUGGAAACUCCUCAGCGAGACCGAGAAACGACCGUUCAUAGACGAGGCGAAGAGACUGCGUGCGGUUCACAUGAAGGAACACCCCGACUACAAGUACAGACCGCGUAGGAAGACAAAGACCCUGUUGAAGAAGGACAAAUUUCCCCUCGGCGGCGGAGUUACCGGCGUCAGUGGAAUGCUAGGCGUUGACCAGAGGACCGUCGGUGCCGGUGGACCUCAGCAACCUCAACUACCGCGAGACGUUUACCAAAUGCCGAACGGCUACAUGCCCAACGGUUACAUGAUGCACGACCCUACCGCCGCUUACCAGCAACACGCUUACGGAGGUCACAUGGGUGCCGCCGCCGGUUACCCCAGGUACGACAUGGGCCACCACAUGGGCGGCGGUAGUCCGAGCCCGAUAAACAGCUACAUGAACGGGUACGGGGGUUACGGGGGUGCAACGGUUCCCGGUGGUUCGCCGUCGCCGUACCAUCAGCCUCAACCGGGUUCCCAAAUGUCCAGUCAUAGCCCAUCGGGAAGCAGCAUAAAAUCAGAACCGACAAGUCCCGCCAGCGGAGGGAUACACACGCCGACACCCACCGGGCCCUCGUCGACCGGGGCCCCGGUGAAACGGGAGUACAUGGGACAGCAACAGACCCAACAACCUCAGGGUGACCUUCGGCAGAUGAUUUCGAUGUAUCUGCCCCAGAGCGCGGAACAAGGCGUCGUCCAACACGGCGGUAGCGUUUACUCGCCUGGACCAUCACCGGACCCCCUGGCGCAACAUCAUUCGGGCGUUCCGCCGCUAACUCACAUAUAUAACAACGAGAAACUAGACGAGACCUAUCAGAGCCGAGUCCGAUUCUUCCGAUUGACGAAUACGUACGAAUACGAACGGGGACGGAGGGAACAGACGGCGAGCAGCGGUCCAGAAUAGGAGCCACGAAAAUAAAAUUUAAAUUAUUAACCCAAAUGAAUUUAAAUACCGAAUAAAUCUGAGAUAAAUUCAAUGAGAGAGAGAACGAAACGAUAAAAUGAAAUGAAAAGAAAGGAAACUCUGUCGUGAUUGAAACAAAGAAAUUAAAAAUAAAUCAUAAGCUAACCACAGAAAACUACUAUCCUCGUAGGAUAGCUUAGAGAGCUGAUGGGCAGGAUCGAUGUGCGAGAGAAAAAAAGGGAAAGCGAGCAAACGAGCAAACGAACUAACGAACAAAUCCUGGGUUGAGGUGGCUGUGACAAGGUGUGGGGGCUGCGGGAUGGAAAAUACCGAAAAAUUCGCUACGAGGUCAGAAGCGUCGUUUCCACGAAUCACCUUCUCUUCUUCCACUUCUUCUUCUUCUUCUUCUCCUCCUUCAACGAAGAACGAUCGAACCGAACCUUCUUUAGUUCAUAAUUUCGAGAAUACAAUGCACCUAUUCCGCCGCGCGCUGCAACCCACCGUACACGCACAAAUAAUUUCCCGAAAUCAACGGAGUUCAAAAAUACGGGGAGAGGAAAUAAAUCAAAGGGGUUAAAGAAAAAGGAGAAGGGGACGCUUGUGAUCUUGUAUCGGAACUAAAUCCAAUUCGAUACUUCCGAGGCCCACGCAUUACUUAUGUAUUUUUUAUCUUGAAAAACAAAACUACAACAAAAAUAAAACACUAGACAGAAACAACAAACGAUAAGAAAAAUUAACAAAAAAAAAAAAACAACAACAACAACAACUCACAAACCGUGUCGAAAUUUCUUCACCGGAAUGCGAAGAGACAAGAAAAUUAUGAAACCGUACCAAGACAAAAUAAUAAUAAUAAUGCUAAUAAUAAUAAUAAUAAUAACGUUAAUAAUAAAUUUAUGUAUAUAUAUAUAUGUAUUAUAAUUAUAUAAAAGAAAGAGAAAAAAAAAAAAAAAUGAAAGGUUAUUCAAUGUCUGUGACACGUCUAUUAGAUAUGCCUGAUUUUGUCAUACCGAUGCGAGGCUUUCCGCGGACGCGUCAUGUGACACGCGAUCAUCAUUGGUAUUCUAGAAAUUUGGACACUGAUUCUAUAUACGUAUAAAAUUUUUUUAACCAGCACUCGCAACGUACGGUAAAAACCCUCAAUGCCAGAAAAAAGAUAAGAACAUAUGAUGAUAAUAAAAAAGAAACACCACAGUGUAAACGAACAAGAAAACGAUAUUGGAUAGAAUAAAAGAAAGAAAGAAAGAAACUCGACCGUGAUUUGUCGAGAAGUUGAAAAACACGCUCUUUACAUUCCUUUGAUAUAGGAAUUUGCAGAGUUCGCUUCUCGAAGGAUCAACCCGCACGAGUUUUACCUUUUUCAUUUAUUUUAUUCUUAUUAUUUUUUCACAAAAAUCGUACGCGUUCCACACUUCGUUGUAGAGUGCGCGUGCACGCGGCGUUGAGAAAGAGGAAUAUCGACGUUGAAUUAAAUGGAUUAUCUGAAAAUCUUUAACCGUUAACACACGUAUGUCUAUAUAGAAACAUAAAUUUUGGUGUCGAGAGUUUUUACCGCGCUAUACAUAUUCAUAGUUUUUAUCCGCAUAAUACAUUUAAAAAUAUGUGCGUUGUGUGUGAAGUGUGUGCAAAGUUUCCGUCUCUUCAUCGUCAAAAAUAUAAAUGAGUCGAUGAAAAUUUGAUAAAUUGCUCGACUACAUAUCUCCGCCGCUGCAGCAAAUUAGUAUAUUUCAAAAAAAAAUGAAAAAACGAAAUAAUAAAGACGCAGGAAAAAGAGAGAGAAAGAGAGAGACAAAAAUAAGAGUUGAUAAUGAUGAAGAAGCUAUAACGAUGAAUUUGAGAAAUACAAAAUGCAAAAGAGAAAUAAAAACAUCGCUAUACCAGUCACAGUAUUUAUAUAAAAAAGAAUAAAAUAAUUAAAAAUUAAAAAAAUUUAUUGUUUACUAGUUUUUAGGUCGUCAUUAUUAUAUUGUUAACUAUAUUGAUAUCGAUGAAUAUGUGAGUGGCUCGCGCGGGGCAAGUGGCGCUGGAGGGAAAAACAAACAAAAAAAUAUAUAUACCAAGAGAACAAUUUUCACCCCACGCCCACGCUAACCCUUAUCAUCGUACCCCCGCAAAAACGACCCCUUCACCCCCACCCCUUCCCCAAAUGUAAAUAUGACCCCGUAAACAAAAAGACAAAAGACGAAUCUCGCGUCAUUAUGGUUUAAUAUUGAAACAUCAUUAUUUUUUAUUAUUAGUAUUAUUACUAUUAUUAUUAUCACGAUCAUUAUUAUCAAUCUAUUCUUAAAACUAUUAUCAUUAUUGCUAUUAUUAAUUCUUUAACUAUUAUCCGAAUAUAUAGAUUUUAAUAUUUAUCCGUAUAUACAUAUUAAAUAUAGGUACUCUACAUAGUAAGAAUCACUGUAAGAUAAUUAUUUUAUUUGAAUUUUAUUAUACGAUAUUUGAAUCUCAAAUUUGUUUUCUUUACUUUUUUUUUGUACAUUUAUUUCUUCUUCGUUAACGUUUAAGUUAUUUUUUCCUUUUUUUUUCCUUGUACAAGGUAUACGUGGUUUGCAGAAGUUUUAAACGAGCCAAAAAUAAAGAAGAAAAAAAUUGAACUCACCUAGGCGCAUAUUACGAUAUCAAUUCUUUUCGUUGCAUCAAUAAAUCGCGCAUACAGUAUAUGAAAAUCAAAGCAACAAAAAAAAAAGAGGAAUAGAACGAACAACGUAUAAUUGAUGGAAAAUAUAUAUAUGAAUUAUGAGUUUUGUCAAUUCGCAUAAUUAUUGUAUUAUAUUAUAUCAUUGAGUCAAUUAUUAUGAACGAAAAGAAAAAAUAUGGAAACAAAAAGAAGAGAAUCUUAUACAAUAGAUUUUAGUUUGAUACACACGUAAAGGUACCUAUAUCUCAAUUUCUUCAAGUGAUUAUUAACUAUUAUUAAUUAUUAUUAUCAUUAUUAGUUAACGAUAUCAUUAUUGUCAUUUUUUUUUUUUUUAUUAU